AUAGUGCGCAGUUUCCGGCGAUUUUUAAUUCGUUUUUGUGGUUUUUUAUGUUUUUAUAUAUUUUAUAUUAUUUAAAUUAUGACCUAUUUAUGCUUUCGCGAACAAUAAAUUAGUUUCAUAAAUUGUGAUGCUUUUGUACGGGGACUGUCAACAAAUUAUAUUUUUUUGUUUUUAUGUGAACUUUAUAAACGCCGAGUUUUAAUGUAAUAUCUGCACAGAUAGGACUAAGACUGGAAAAGGUGAUGAACCUUUAACUUUCAUGUUUCCGGUGGAGGGAUCUAAUUCUAAAUUCAUAGCAGGUAUUAGCAGAAAAUUUGCCUUUGUCGAAUGGGAUGGAAAAAGCCCAAAACCUUCCAAAAUUGAAACCAUAGCCGAAGUGGACACAGAUCCUGAUGCGAAGGGGAACAGGCUAAAUGGUGGAAAAGUCGAUCCAUGGGGCAGACUAUGGGCUGGAACAAUGGGUCCUUCUGACGCUAACGGCGACGUUAUACCACAUAAGGGAGCAUUAUACAGCCUAAACAAAGGAGUUGUGACAAAACACAAAUGCAACAUAGGCAUAUCUAAUGGUUUAGCUUGGGAUACAACAAAGAUGAAAAUGUAUUAUUGCGAUACCAUGGAACCCAAGAUUUUUCAGUAUGAUAUUUCUAAAGAUGGCAAAAUAAGCAACGAAAAAGUGAUUUUCGAAUAUGGCAACAAAUUGGAAGGAAAACCUGAUGGAUUAACCAUUGAUAAAAAUGGAGAUCUUUGGUUAACUUCAAUUUUUGGAUCAACAGUUUGCAAAAUCGAUCCAACUAAUGGAAACAUCAAAGAAAAAAUUGUUUUCCCCACUUCACAGCCUACAUCAGUGACUUUCGGUGGUAAAGAUCUUGACGAAAUGUUCGUUACAACAGCACUAAUUCCAGUAGCUGGAAAAAUUCCACCACCUCCUGCCGGUACCACCUACAGGAUCAAAGUGGCAGGAACCACUGGCCUUAAGGGAGAUAGAUACAAACCAUAACUUUAUUUUGUGUAACUUGUUUAAAUUUAAAAUAUAAAUGUUUGUUUUAAAA